AGGUCUUUGGAGAAGCAAUGGAUCCUGAGCUGGUGGCCAAGCUCUCCUCCCGCCUGCGGAAAGUGGAAGGAGACUCAGCUAAGAUGCCAAAGAUCGCGGCUUCAAGUGCGAAGGCACCUGGGAAGCUAGAUGCGUCUCGCUGGUCGCGGCAAAAUUCAGAGGAUACCUGCGAAAGCCUGCAUGAGUGCAGCCCUUGUGGAGUCCAAAGUCGACGACUUCCUCAACGAGUGAGAGUGCCCGACUGGGUGGUCGAGGGACAUGGCGUGAGCACUCCCCGCUUCGUGUCAAGUCCUGGGACAUGGAAAGGUGGGGCAUCCUCAUCACAGGCGACACCUGAGGCUGAUGCUCGUAGCCAACCUCUCUCACCAGAAGUGCAAUUGGAGCGCCGGCUACAGCAGGCGGAGAAGGAACGCGACCUGGCGGAAGCACAGGUGCUCAAAGCACAGGCUGCAGCUGAGCAUUGGAGCAGCCACCUUGCCUCUGAGGCGAGGCGGAUGCGAGACACCUGGGCAGAGCUGCAGAUGAACCAGGAUGACACUGCGAGUCAGGCCAAGCGUCUGCGCAAUGCAGGAGGCAUCAAAGACGACGCCUUCCACGGGAACGAGUUGGAUCAACUUCAUCAUCAGAUCCGCGAACUGAGCAUCCAACUCUUCGAGCUGGGUCAGGAGAAGUCCACCAUCUCCGUCCGAAGUGUGGCGCUACAAGCAGAGUUGGAGAGACAGGAGGAGGAUUGCCGACAGCUAGUUGCUGAUUUAGAGGCCAGUGAGCAGCUUGAGGUGCAGCUACAAAGCGAACUUUUGGCUGCCGGAACAACUGCAAGCGGAGGUGAAGUUGAAACACCGUCAAAGCUGAGCCCGCGUGACAAGUUGGAAUAGCUUAUCAUCCUACACACGCUCUUUGGUUGGAGGCCAUUGCUUCUAGGUUACUUGUAAGAAUGCUAGUCAAGCUCAGAAGUGCUUGCCACAUCUCAGCCAAGGAACGAGUUCGAAGUUCAGGACACAAUUCCGCAAACGCUGGCCAAUCUCAGGGAGGGUGACUGAUCAUUGUGAAUGUUUUGUUGAGCACCCCAUGCUACGCUGCUACUUCCAAAUGCUGCACUCUUGUCAGGUGCAACUACAUGUUUCGGACAUGUGCUCGAAGUGCAAACUGUCAGAAUUUCGGCAGAUGCAACGGUUAAAGCCUUACCUUUGCUAGUAGGAACAAGUGCAUCGCUAGUAAGUAACAAGUGCCUUACUAGUAGUAACAAGAAGCUAUUAAUUAGAAUUCACGAGUGAGGCGUUGUUGCAGGAGGUUGAUUUGGAAUUUGCAUACGAUUGGGGAUUGGAGCUCUCAGGGCACAUGUCCAUCAAUCGCUCGGAUCCCAAACACAUGAAGCACACCGCUCAGAAGCAGUUCCGCGGAAAAUGUUCCUGCCAUUGGAUCAAGCAAGUUCGUGAGUGCAGAGAAACGCCGUGCUCUUGCUGGUCGAAUCAUGAAGCUGCUGUCCAUCGUGGCUGCCAUGUUGAUGUACCCGGUCCUCAGCAAGGAUGAAGUGCACCACCUUCGAGGAGAACAGGAACAAGCAAACCAGGAUGCCAUUGGAGUUCCCGAAAAGGAACUUGCGGACACCAAGGGCAGAGGCGAUGCACCGCAGGCAGAUGAAGUUGGAGUUCCAACGGAAGAGGUGAAGCCAAAUCCAGAAGACUCAGAAGAGCCAGAAGAGCCAGGGCCAUUGGAGGGCAAGUGGGAUGAGUUUGAUGAAGCUGAUGAAGAGCCGCUGGGUGAGUUCAUGCCACGGUCCUUUGUCGCGUAUCGUCCAUACCGUCCAUACCGUCCAUACCGUCCAUACCACCCUUACCACCCUUACCACCCUUACCCAAGGGGUGGUGGUUGUCGGAGGUGGGUGACCUGCUACCAUGGCUACUACAGGGGCAUUCGAUGCUCAGGCGGCCGAUACUGCACGCUUUGGCGCUGAAGGCCACGUGGGAAGAGGCCUCAUUGGCUUCCACUGCUUUAAGCCACAAGCGCCUCGAACUUUGCAACUUUUGAGCAAAUUUAGGAAUUUUGCGGUUUACAUACAGGGCAGGCAAGGGCGAGCGUUCCGACAGGUGAAACCUCGCAUGUGUUUGCUAGCCGUUUCCUUUCUGUACAGAGAGCUUACCUUUGUGGCCGGCUCGAUGUU